GGAUCACUCACGCUGCCACGCUGCACACAGCACUGUUGGAUCUAGCUGAACGAAUUGUUUUCUCUGUCUCUGAUAAUCAUCAGUGUCUGUAGAGUACAGAUUAUGACAGCUUCUUUCUUCAGACUGUCAUCCGAAGAAUUGGCUCAGAUGUUGAAACUACCAAUGGAUCCACCAUCAAUCAGCCAGAAGUAAAGGAGAGAAUGUUUAGAUUUCAUCAGAUGAAACAUAUUUUUCAAAUACUGGAUAAAAUGAGAUGCUUGCGAAAACGUUCUACAGUGUCAUUCUUGGGAGUUCUUGUCAUUUUCCUCCUAUUUAUGAACUUGUACAUUGAAGAUAGUUAUGUUCUGGAAGGUGACAAACAGCUCAUGAGGGAAACAUCCACACAUCAACUAAAUUCAGAACGCUAUGUUCAUACUUUCAAGGAUUUAUCUAAUUUCUCAGGGUCCAUAAAUGUCACCUAUCGCUACCUAGCUGCCACACCUUUACAAAGAAAACGGUAUCUUACAAUUGGACUUUCAUCAGUGAAACGAAAAAAAGGAAACUAUUUACUUGAGACAAUCAAGUCAAUUUUUGAGCAAUCCAGUUAUGAAGAGCUGAAGGAAAUUUCGGUAGUGGUUCAUCUGGCAGACUUUAAUUCAUCCUGGCGUGAUGUCAUGGUCCAGGAUAUUACACAAAAGUUUGCCCAUCAUAUCAUUGCAGGAAGAUUAAUGGUUAUUCAUGCUCCUGAAGAAUAUUACCCAAUCCUGGAUGGUCUUAAAAGAAAUUACAAUGAUCCAGAAGAUAGAGUCAAAUUUCGUUCCAAACAAAAUGUAGAUUAUGCUUUUCUGCUUAAUUUUUGUGCCAAUACUUCAUAUUAUUAUGUAAUGCUUGAAGACGAUGUCCGAUGUUCCAAAAAUUUCUUAACUGCCAUCAAGAAAGUCAUUGCAUCCUUAGAAGGAACUUACUGGGUAACCCUUGAAUUCUCUAAGCUUGGCUACAUUGGUAAACUGUAUCAUUCUCAUGAUCUCCCACGUUUGGCACAUUUUUUAUUAAUGUUUUAUCAAGAAAUGCCUUGUGAUUGGCUGUUGACUCAUUUUAGGGGUCUGUUGGCUCAGAAAAAUGUGAUCAGGUUUAAACCAUCUCUCUUUCAGCACAUGGGUUAUUAUUCCUCAUAUAAAGGAACUGAGAAUAAACUGAAGGAUGAUGAUUUUGAAGAGGAGUCAUUUGACAUUCCUGAUAACCCCCCUGCAAGUCUGUACACUAACAUGAAUGUGUUUGAAAAUUAUGAAGCAAGCAAAGCUUACAGUAUUGUUGAUGAGUACUUUUGGGGGAAACCACCUUCAACAGGAGAUAUCUUUCUUAUUGUUUUUGAAAAUCCAACUAUAAUUAAAAAAAUUAAAGUGAAUACUGGAACAGAAGAUCGGCAAAAUGACAUUUUGCAUCAUGGAGUUCUUGAUGUUGGGGAAAAAGUCAUGCUUACCAAACAAAUAAAGCAAUGCGACUCCUACUUAAGACUAGGGGAAUUCAAAAAUGGAAACUUUGAAAUGUCAGAAGUGAAUCAAAAAAUUCCAUUUGAUAUACACUGUAUGAGGAUAUGUGUUACCAAAACACAAAAGGAGUGGCUGAUUAUUAGGAGUAUUAGCAUUUGGACUUCUUAGCCAAUUAAAUCAGUGUGUUCAUUUGCCGAAACAGAUCUUUCUGUUUCCUUUUUAGCUAACUUCCUCUUUUGCUACUUUUGUCUUUGGGAAGGAAAACAAUGGAUGCGUAUGUUGAAAGAAAAGUCAAUCAGUUUUGAUUUACACAUUGUCAAUACGAUUUUAUUCUACACAUUUGUGUUUAUUUUUACUUCUGAAGUUAAAUAUCAUCAUGUGGUAGAUCUACUUUCAUUUAUACUUUUAGAUGUUCAUAGUUUAACAAUUUCAAUUGUUAAGGAGUGAUAUGAAAGAUAUAAAAUAAGAAAAUUUGUUUAUUCAAUGGUUAUUCUUGAAAAACAGUUGCCAACUGUAUGUGCUUAUUCAAAAAGUGAUCAUUUUUGUACCAUCAGAUAGCUUUUUUAUUAAGUAUGUCUAUAAAUAUGCAGUUGGCUACAAUUAUAAUCUGGUUUAUUUUUCUUAUAAAUUUAGAUUUUCAUUUACUUCUGUACAUCUGCAGUGAAUACUGUCACAUAGAAGUGGUGUCUUUACAACAUGUUUUUUUCUAAGUAGGGCUAUGGAAAAAAUUUAAAAAUUAUCUUUCCCCUGAUUAUUUAUAUGAAAGGGAACCUUGUUCAUUGUUUAAAACAUUUAAUUGAACAUUUAUUAUUAAUAAAUUU